UUCGAUAAAAUAUUAGAACUACAACAAGCCCGGUUGAAAGUAACCAGCCAAUCACAAGCUUAGGAAUGUACUAUAAAUAUGACGCCAUUUCCUCCUAACGGCCUCUUUUCCCAUCGUGUGGGUAGUCUUCCAUACGGCGUUGUUUCGUGCUCUCCCACCUUACUCGUUACUCGGGGAAAGUGGUCACGAUGUCCGGAAGUCUGGAUGCCCUUCAAAUGAAGGAGGAAGAUGUGCUGAAGUUCCUGGCUGCAGGAACCCAUCUGGGAGGUACCAACUUGGACUUUCAGAUGGAGCAGUAUGUCUACAAGAGAAAAAGUGAUGGUGUGUACAUCAUUAACCUGAAAAAGACCUGGGAGAAGCUGCUGCUGGCUGCAAGGGCCAUUGUUGCCAUUGAAAACCCAGCUGAUGUUUGUGUCAUCUCCUCCAGGAACACUGGACAGCGAGCAGUGUUGAAGUUUGCCUCUGCCACUGGUUCCACCACCUUCCAUGGUCGUUUCACCCCGGGUACAUUCACCAAUCAGAUCCAGGCAGCUUUCAGGGAGCCUCGCCUCCUGAUUGUGACCGAUCCUCGUGCGGAUCACCAGCCACUGACGGAGGCCUCCUAUGUGAACAUCCCCUCCAUUGCUCUGUGCAACACUGACUCUCCACUUAGAUAUGUGGACAUUGCCAUCCCCUGUAACAACAAGGGUCACCACUCUGUGGGUCUGAUGUGGUGGAUGUUGGCCCGGGAGGUUCUCCGAAUGAGAGGCACAAUUUCCAGAGAGCACCCUUGGGAGGUCAUGCCUGAUCUGUACUUCUACAGAGAUCCUGAAGAGAUUGAGAAGGAGGAGCAGGCUGCUGCUGAGAAGGCUGUUGGAAAGGAGGAGUUCCAGGGUGAAUGGACUGCGCCUGCUGCAGAGUUUGCCCAGCCUGAGGUUGCCGACUGGUCUGAGGGUGUUGCGGUCCCAUCUGUGCCCAUUCAACAGUUUCCAGCAGGUGCGCCAACAGCUGUAAAGCCCACGGAAGUCUUUUCAGAGGACUGGAGCAAUCAGCCUACUACUGAGGACUGGUCCACUGCUCCCACUGCCCAGGCUUCUGACUGGGGUGGUGCCACUGCUGAUUGGUCUUGAAGAAAAAAAAAAAAACACAGAUCAUGGCAGGAAAUAAAGUGUUGCACACCA